AUGGCAAAUCCACCUGGCAGCUCCGAUGGCAGUGGUGGCCAGGGCGUCCUCGAUAUCCCGCCCGUGAUGGCAAGUGUGCUCCGACCACAUCAAAUCAACGCUUUGCAGUUUAUCUGGAAGCACUUGGUUCUGGAGGGCGCUCUGCGCACCGCAGCCCGCACGUUCUCGUCCACCAUCGAGCAGCGCACUCGUCUCUACCAAGAAGUCUCCGGCGUCAUUCUCGGCCACUCCAUGGGCCUGGGCAAAACACUCACUUCCCUCACCUUUGCGUUGCUGUUGCAAGCGCAGGUGACGCUGAUGGCGAUGAAGCGAGAGCACCUGCGGCGGCAGCAGCAGCGCAACAACGCGACGCCCUGCAACGCAUUGCUGAAAGGCGACAGCUGCCCUGCCCUUCGCAUCUUAGUGCUGUGCCCGCGAAGUUGUGUGCUGCAUUGGCAGACAUCCAUUGCGGAGUGGGUGCAGCCACGCUACUCCGGCUCGGUGCGAUUGCAGCUGCACGUGCCCAGCGCGAUCGGCGUCACUGCGGCAUCCAGUCGCGCCGGAGGCAGGACGCUUGAUGACGUACUGCUGAACUAUUACCAAACAGGAGGUGUGCUACUGCUGGGGUACGAGGAGUAUCAACGCAUUCUCCAGUACGCGCAGGCGCACUACCGAAGCCACGCUUCGACAACCUGGCCGCGUGUGUGGUCUCUCUUGGAUCGCAUUCGCCUUCCGCUGCCGCUCAUACAGGACGUGCGGCUGCUGGACAUGAUUGAGACGGCAGAUCUCGUGAUGCUGGACGAGGCGCACCGUCUCCGUCGCAGCAGCUCCAAUUUGGUCACGGCGCUCACGCAGCACCUGCGCAACAUCCAGCUGCGGCUCGCCCUCACUGGAACGCCUUUGCAGAACCAUCUGGAAGAGUACAACACGAUGCAGUCCAUCGUGACCGGCCGCGAGCUGGACACGCAGCUGUUCCAUAAACACUUCAUUGCCCCGAUUGAGCUGGGCCAGUGCGUCGACUCCACAUACACUCAGUUCCUGGAGAUGCAGCGCUGUGUGGCGUCGCUGCGCAACUACUUUGCCGACUCGGCACAUCACUGCGGACCGGAGGUGCUGGCGUCGACGCUGCCGCCGCGCAGGGAGUACAUCUUCUUCUUCCGUCUAUCCACCGCACAGGAGGCUGCUUACAAGGCGAUGCUGAAGCGCAUUCAUCAGCAGCUGCGUGCGUCGGAGAAGGGAGACUCCGUCCUUCGGCUGCACCACCACGCCUCGCACAUUUGCCUUCAUCCGGCCCUGGCUGCGCUGGAUGACGAACACUGCAGCACUGCUGUUCUGUCGAAUGCCCAAGACACGACCGGCGAAGACAGGGUUGAGGAGGACGAUGCCGAGGAAGUCGCGGUGACGUCUUCCCUCGCCUCUCCGGUGCUGCCGACUGCGGCGCUGCGGAGCAUAAAGCUGUCCGACUCGCCAAAGCUCAGCUUCGCUUUUCACCUCACGCUUUACAUCGUACACGAACUCCAUGAGAAGGUGAUCGUGUUUUCGCAGUACCUCAGUCACCUUAAGCUCAUGGGAGAGUUGCUGGCGCAGCACGGCGUCGUCGCCCCGGCGCUGACCGGCGCAUCGUCCGACGUGGAGCGACGCCGCUGCAUUGAGGAGCUCCAGACGAGCGACACGUGCCGCGUGCUGCUGUGCUCGGUGCGUGCCGGGGGCGUAGGCAUCAAACUCACGGCUGCGAAUCACUGCAUACUGCUAGAUGUCAGCUGGAACCCUGCCGAUGACACACAAGCCACCUAUCGCCUCUAUCGAUACGGCCAGCUGCGACCUGUUACUGUGUACCGCCUCGCCACCUAUGGAACGUCCGAGCACGUUGUGUUCGCCUACGCCUUGCAGAAGUCGUGGCUGCAGAAGAAAAUCGCCGACAUCAGCGACCCGCGGAGGCAGCAGCGCCACCAAACGCGGAGUUACUUCCGUUUCCCCUGCUCGAUUCCGUUGCCGGACGGCGCACCGCCGUUCACGUCAGGCGAAGUCGCCGACGCAGCGUCCUCACCGACAGAGCAGCGUGCGUUGCUGGCGGAGCGGCGGCACGCGUACGCGAUGGAGGUCUGCGAGACGCAGUGCCCCACGGCCGCCCACGUGCUGGCCGACCACCCAGACGUGGAGGCGGCGCAUCUCGUUACGGUCAUUCCGCAGUCCACGCUGCUGCGACACAACGACGAGGACGUCAUCCGCGAGCGGGCGCGCCAGUUUGAGCAGGCAGCAGUGAAGAAGCUCGCGCACGUCCCGGUGCCAUUGCAGCUGCGCCGCAGUGACACUCCGUCGACGCAGCGUGACGAUGAGAGCCUGCUGGACGCCUGCGAAGGAGAGUUGGUGGACACGGCGCGGCAGGCGUCGCAUGUCCUCCUUACGCAUGUCUUGAGGGUGCAGGACGAUGCCCGCGGCGGUGCUGCGCGCUACCCCGACAGCGACACCGUGUCGGAGGUCCGCACGCUGGACGGAGUUCUCUGCCAGCACCUGCAGGGGCUGGUGACAGCGCCAACACUGGGCAAGCGACCGCCGCCGCGUGUACUGGCGGAAGUCCUGCUGUGGUGUUUUCAGUCUGGAGCAGAGAAGCUCGCGGGAACGCUGCUGCACGGCGGCGCACACCUGAAGCUGCGAACGUUUCUGACAAGUCGCAUCCCCGCUACCAGCCGUCACCGCCCGCGCGACGCGGCGCUGCCGACCCGAAGUCCACUGGAGGAAGCGCUGCUCUUCCGGCCUGUCUCGCUGUUGCGGGCGAUGUCACCGGUGGAGGCGACGUACGUGACGACGGAGCUCGGCUGCGACCGCCCUCUCGUGGGCCAGUGCAUGCUGAAAGGGCUGCAACUGCUCUGGAUGCGCGACGGCGGCCCCGUGCUGACCGGUGCGUCGCUGCAGGCGCUGUCGGUGCUGCUGGGCACGCGUGCGGCGGAGGAAGAGGACGAUGCGGAGGACGAGGACGGCAGCGAGAGUGACGCCGCCGCGGCGGGGCAAAGCGCUGACAGCACUGAGGUGUUGUCGCACGCGGCCCUCCGUACACUUAUUGAGUGCUUGGAGGAGCAGUGGCCCCCGUACGAGGGCCUGACGCUGCCCCCGCAGCACCUGCAGGUGGACCGUGAGGAGAUGCGCAUGGAGCGCGCCUACAACGUCGCGGCCCGCGCGCACACGGAGGGUCUCCUCCCGCUGGGCGAAGUCGCCGAGCUGCUGCACUUGCCACAGUACCGCCAGGGCCACCACGCCUACGGCUGUGCGCGGUGCCACCACCUGCUGCUGCACCGGCUGGACGCGACACACCUCGAGUGCCCGCGGUGCCACUACAACGCGGAGUUCGAAAUCCGCGCUGAUGCGCGCAUGCAGCAGCGGACGACGCUCUUUCAGCUGUCCGUCGUCGCGAACUUGCUGGACGCCUUCUCCAUCACGAAGAGCUUCGCCACCUCCUUCUCUCCCGCGGACUGCGCCGACGUGAGUGCGGUGCUGCGGGAGGUACACACCUCGCAGGCCGUGUUGGAGUUUGUGCGGUUGGUGGUGCGGGAGGGCGUGGACGUCUUCCUCAACGAGUACCCGCCCGUCUUGGUGCGAUUGAUGGGUCUGCAGCUGGGCACCGGCGAAGACGUGGGGGACCUGAGCCGGCUGCUGCUGGCGAACGGCCGCUACGCCGCGCACACGAACAUGCGCGAGCACCUUCGGCAGCGACUGGCGCAGGCCUUCGCCGACUUCGUACAUCCCAGCAAGCUGGCGCAGCUCGCAUCCAUGCCGUUUAUGUUCAUCGUGUCUGCCCUCCACUACUUCGCCCGGUACGACAAACUGACGUACGCGCAUGAGCUGCUGCUGGAGGAGUUCUCCACACCCCAUCGCAAGCUGCUGCGGUUUGCGAGCGACGCGUUGAUGAAGGUGCUCUACGUGGAGAGGCUGCUCCGUCACUGCAAGGAGAGACCGCAGCCGCUGCCUCCUGCCGCUCCGGGCACCGCCGGAGGUCCCUCUGCGCACAACGCCCAUGAGACACUGCGGGACAGCGCCAAUGUCGGUGGUAACGGCCCGGACGAAGAUGCCGUCACGUUGAGGUCUUUAUUGAGGGCCGCAUCCUCCUCGUCUUCUUCCUCUUCUUCCCCCAAAGCGUUGUCCCCACGCGGCGCAGCUUCAGCCGAAUCGUUAGCGUCUUCCGCUUGUUACUCGCUCGACAGCGGCAGCAACCACAGCGACCGCGACCCGGACUCUGAAACGAGCCGUACACAGAAUGCGGCCAAGCUUGUGGCCGGUGGCGCUCGUGCACCGGUGGUGUACAGCGUUGACAGCGACUCCGACGAUCUAAGCGGCACCGGCUCGAACUCCGCGCCCCGCAGCUCCUCCAGCUCCUUCCACUCCGCCUACUCCGAAGAUCGCGAGAGCUUCCCUGACGACAGCGGGUCGGAGGGGGACGAGGGAGAGCGACACGCACCGGUGAGUCUCGAUGCUGCCGAGACGUGGCUCGAGGCGCUGGCGAAGAAUGAGGCGGAGAUCCGCGCGCCCACUGCGGAGGAGCUGGAGAAUGAGGCCGUGCUGCAGCAGCGUGCCGCGCAGUACUGGAUUGCCUUCUGUGAGGUCUACGGCACCCACAGCGCGGAGACGCUGACGGUGUUCAUAGAGGCGGAGGAUGGCGGAGUGCAGGCACUGCCGCCGCCCCCGCUGCCGCUGUGGGUGUCACAGGCGGCUCACACGACGUUGGUGGGCAUGCGUGUGGUGGACAUGCUGGACCUCUUUCUCACGAAGCUGCUGGAGCUGUCGCAGCAGGUGCGCCUCAUCGCGUAGGGCCGCCUCGGGUGACGGUGUGUGCCGCUUUUGUGCCGCUGGCUACCUUUGCACAUCUUAUGCUGCAGCGAAGGUUUUCGUUUCGGCUGUUGCUGUCGCUCCCCGUGUCGCAGCGGCUUUUUAUUUCCGCCU